AUGAAAUAAACGUAUUAGAUUAUGUUAUUAUACAUUGUGGUGUUUUUAAGUUGCAAUAUAAACACUAUAUAAAAUAUACGUCUUGUUUUCAUUUCUAAAUUUGAUUAAAGUAUGAAAUAAAAUGGAAAUGCUAUAAACUUUACUUUGAGAUAAAAAUAUAUUUACAUGUUAUAUACGAUAACCUCAUAAAAUGUUUAGUUCUUUGUGUUGUAGGGGUACAACAAAUUAUGCCAAUAAAUUAUACCCUUUUUAUAAAUUGUUAGCUAAUAAUGCCAUCCAUAAAAAUUUUGUACGUUCUAAGUAUACAUUUAAAGUAAAAAACAUAAGGGAAUACAGCCAGAAUGUAAAGUCAAAUUCAUUAUAUGUAAAUACAAAUAUACAAAAUAACGUGUUGUUGUAUAAAUAUGUAAAUGUUCGAUAUUUUAUUCUCUUUAAAGUUUUCUGUUUUGGAUGGAUAUUAUUUGCCUCAAUAAUAUCAUAUUAUACAUAUGAUUCAAAAUUUGUAUCAACAUUUUCAAAAAAUAUAUCUUGGAUGGAUUAUAUAAAAGAAAAUGGAACAAAAUUAUUGUACUUUGUAUAUGCACUAAUAAUAGGACCAUCUGCCUUUUGGUUACUAUACACAGCACAUAAAAAAUUUAUAAAAUAUAUCAUUUUGCACAAAGGUGGUAAAGAUGUAUCUAUAAUCACUCAUCAUUUAUUUAAAAGUCAAGAUGUGGCUAAAUUUCCUAUUGAGGAAGUAACAGCUAUUACUUCACGAAACAAAAUGAAAGAUUACUUGCCAAUAAAAGUUAAAGGUAGAUGGCUUUAUUACUUACUCGAUGCUGACGGAAAAUUCUUAAAUCCAGAAUUAUUUGAUCAUACAAUUGGUAUGCAAAAACGGUGGUAGAUAUAAUACAUAUAUGUUAUGCAGAAUUUGUAUGAAUAAAUUCUAAGUAACUGACAUUUAUUCAA